UGGCGCGGUAUGGCGCGCUACUUAGGGCGUCACUUCCGGCAAGGUACUGGAGGCGGGAGAGUGAGGGAAAGGCUGGAAGACGAGAUACUGAGUUUUCCUCUGAUGUGCUGAAGUCUCUUCGCUGGGUUCCUCCGGAUCUUUUCACGAUGACUCCUCCAGGAUGUUUCCUCAGUGAGAAGAAGGCUGUGGUGCAAUGGCAGUGUUUGAUACCCCUCAGGAGGCCUUUGGCAUCCUCCGUCCAGUCUGUGUUCAGCUCACAAAGAGCCAGACAGUGGAGAAUGUGGAACAUCUGCAGGCACAAUUACAAGCUGUGAGUGAUGCUGCCCUUCAGGAAUUGCAGCAGUACAUCCUCUUCCCUUUACGAUUUACCUUGAAGACCCCAGGUCCCAAACGAGAGCGCUUGGUCCAGAGUGUGGUGGAAUGCCUCACAUUUGUCCUCUCUUCAACAUGUGUGAAAGAGCUCGAGCUUCUUCAGGAACUCUUUUCAGAACUCUCUGCAUGUUUGUAUUCACCCAACUCCCAGAAACCUGCCGCUGUGUCAGAGGAAUUGAAAUUGGCUGUGAUCCAGGGACUUAACACCUUAAUGCACUCAGCUUAUGGCGACAUCAUUCUGGCCUUUUAUGAGCCCUCCAUUCUGCCUCGUUUAGGAUUUGCUGUAUCUUUACUGUUGGGCUUGGCAGAACAGGAGAAAUCAAAGCAAAUUAAAAUUGCUGCCUUAAAAUGUUUACAGGUUCUACUCUUUCAGUGCGAUUGUCAAGACCAUCCUAGGUCUUUGGAUGAGCUUGAGCAACAGCAGCUGGGGGAUUUGUUUGCUUCUUUUUUACCUGGAAUCUCAACUGCACUGACCAGGGUUAUCACAGGAGACUUUAAACAAGGUCACAGCAUUGUGGUAUGUUCUCUGAGGGUCUUUUACAAAACAGUAGGCUUUGUUAUGGCUGAUGAACAGCUCAGAAGAAUCUCAAAAGUCCGAGCAAAGCCUGCAGUUGAGCAUAGAAUUGCAGAGCUGAUGGUUCACAGAGAAGGAGAAUGGGUGAAAAAUACUGGUGACAAGUUGGUGAUCCUUAUUAAAAAGAUAAUUGAGUGUAUUUUGGUUCACCCACACUGGAAGGUGAGGCUAGAGCUGGUAGACCUUGUGGAGGACCUUCUUUUAAAGUGCAGUCAAUCACUGGUUGAUUCUGCUGGUCCCCUCCUGAAGGCUUUAGUGGGCCUUGUAAACGAUGAGAGUCCUGAAGUCCAAGUCCAGUGCAAUAAUGUUCUGAGACACUUCGCAGAUCAAAAAGUAGUGGUGGGCAACAGAGCUUUUACUGACAUCUUGUCAGAAAGCCUGCAUUCCCUUGCCACAUCUCUUCCCCGCCUCAUGAACUCCCAAGAUGAUCAGGGCAAAUUCUCUACGCUGUCCUUAUUACUUGGUUAUCUGAAACUCUUGGGCCCCAAAAUAAACUUUGUCUUCAACUCUGUGGCCCAUCUCCAGCGACUUUCCAAAGCACUCAUCCAAGUUCUAGAACUGGAUGUUACUGACAUAAAAAUUGUUGAAGAGCGGAGUUGGAAUUCUGAUGACUUGAGUGCUUCUCCGGAGGGCCCCACCACACGGCGAGGAAACCAAGUGCAGAGAAGAUAUUUCCGCUUCUUCACUGAUGAGAGAGUUUUUCUGCUCUUGCGACAAGUUUGUCGGCUUCUUGGAUAUUAUGGGAACCUUUAUUUGCUGGUGGAUCACUUUAUGGAACUUUACCAGGAGUCUGUGGUUUACCGGAAACAAGCUGCCAUGAUCCUUAAUGAACUGGUUGUAGGGGCUGCUGGGCUGGAAGUAGAGGAUCUUCAUGAAAAGCAUAUUAAAACAAGCCUAGAGGAACUGAGAGAGAUUGUGACAUCUUUACUUGAGGUAUACACGAGCCAAGAAAACUGGUAUUUGGUUACCUGUAUUGAAACUGAGGAGAGGGAAGAGCUAAUGAUGAAACAGUCAGAUCUCCAGGCCAUCACAUCUGGUGUACACACCUGCCAGAUUGUAUCUUUUCCAGCCUUCUCAAAGCCAAGCCCUACUAUUUGUUCCAUGAACAGCAACAUCUGGCAAGUAUGCAUUCAGUUGGAAGGGAUUAGCCGCUUUGCUUAUGCACUAGGAAAAGACUUUCGUUUGCUCUUGAUGUCAGCCCUCUAUCCAGUACUAGAGAAGGCUGGAGACCAAACCCUGCUUAUUAGUCAGGUGGCUACCAGCACAAUGGUAGGUAUUUGUGUUGCUUGCGACUAUGACUCCCUACAGGACCUGAUCAAUCAAAAUUCAGACUAUUUGGUGAAUGGCAUCUCCUUAAGUCUGCGCCAUCUAUCUCUGCACCCUCAUACCUCAAAGGUUUUGGAAGUCAUGCUGCGAAACUCAGAUGCUACCCUGCUUCCUUUGGUGGCAGAUGUGGUUCAAGAUGUCUUGGCCACCCUGGACCAAUUCUACAAUACGAGAGCUGCUUCCUUUGUCAGCGUUCUCCACGCCCUGCUGGUAGCAUUAGCCCAGUGGUUCCCAGAAACAAGUUACACUGGGCAACCCCAAGAUCAAAACUUAAAGGAGGAGGGAAGUUAUUUGCACCAAACUCUUGAGAAUAACACUACAGCUGAAGACAUUGAACAGUUUGUGCUGGGGUACCUCAAAGAGAAGGAUGUGGCAGAGGGAAAUGUCCUGGAGUUUGACAGUGAUGAAGAGGAGCUGUCAGUCCCUCCAAAAUUGGAUGAGAAUGACACCCUUCCAGAUGCAGAACCACCACUGCCAGUGCAGAUCCAGAUAGCCAAGGACGUGAUGGAACGCUGCAUCCACUUGUUGUCAGAUAAAAACCUGAAGAUCCGCCUGAAGGUUUUAGAUGUGCUGGGUUUAUGUGUAGUUGUUCUGCAGUCACAUAAAAACCAGCUGCUUCCUUUGGUUCAUCGGGCCUGGCCCUCACUAGUGCACCGACUCACAAAUGAUGACCCCCUGGCAGUCCUCAGAGCCUUCAAGGUUUUGUGCACACUGGGAGGCAAGUGUGGUGAUUUUCUUCGGAACCGGUUCUGCAAAGAUGUGCUGCCAAAGCUGGCUGGCUCCUUGGUUACCCAGGCUCCCAUCAGUGCCAGGGCUGGACCAGUUUACUCGCACACACUGGCCUUCAAGUUGCAGCUGGCUGUCUUGCAGGGCCUGGGUCCCCUCUCUGAGAGUCUGGAAUUAGGUGAGGGUGACCUGAAUAAAGUGGCUGAUGCCUGCUUGAUUUACCUCAGCACCAAACAGCCCGUGAAAUUACAAGAGGCUGCCAGGAGGUAUUAAAUUCCCCACCCUGCUCCUCUGUCAGCCAGAGGACUGGCUAAGGAACCUGUGAGGACAGGGGCCUGCUGUGAGGCCUCCCACCUUCCAGAGGAGAUGGAUGCGCACCAUGGCCUGCAGAGCAGUUGUCAGCGGCCCCUGGGUUGAGGGGCUUAGGACCUCAGAGGCCAUCAUAUUGGAGUAGACACAAACUUGGCUGUGCCAUGAAGAUUUCUCUUUAUUUUCACUACAUGUGGGUUUUUCCUUCCUAUUUGCUUUUUCUGGCUUCAAAGAAUGACCAAGACUCUGUUUGCUUUUUUUAAUUUGUCAUAUUAAAUAUAGCCUUUGUGGCAGGCUUUUACAUCAGGCUGUAAACUCGGGAAAUGGAAAUUGAUCAGGGGGUGGUUGAUAUAACCAAGGCUGUAAAUGCUAAGAACGGAGAUGCCAUUCCAGUUUAAUGCUUUUAUCUAGUGAAUAUGCCUUGUAAGGAGGGGGCAUAAAUCUUGCAACUUGGGGGGGAGGGGGUUGGAUAUAACCUUUCUGCUUGUUACCACCAGGUGUCACUGUUAGAAUUGGCAAUGCAAAAAAAACAAAAAACAAAAAACCGCUCUCCCAAAGUCCAUCGAGCAAAAUAACUUCAAUGGAUAAAAAACAUAAAUCAUAUUUGGGUGUAGGAGGAGGGGGUCAAGAUAUCAGGAGCUGUACGUGGGCAGCAUCCCUGAGGGUAAGCAUUGAAUUACAAAUAACAGAUCAGACCAGCCACACCCCCAUCGCAGCCCAGUGCAGAGGCAAAUUUAACUGAUUUAAGUUCCCAAGUGGACCCAGAAGCCUGCAGGAUAUCUCCCAGCAUGCAGUGUGUCUCCACAGUUCCGUGCCUUUCUGACCAUGGAGCUUUGCCCUCCUAUAGAUGAAAGGAAUUUGACAUGAGAGCACACAUCCCAAAUUUCUAUUUUUUCUUCAAGCCAGUAUGUGUACUCAGCCUGGCUCAACUCUUUUAGAACCACACCUCUUGGGCCAGUCUUUUACUAGCCUCUGAGGCUCCCUGCCUUGCAGCGUGGUCUUACAUCAUCUAACUGGGCCAAAAGGAAACAAAACUAGGCAGUAUCAGCUUUUAAAUGGAGGAAGUCCAUGCCUGAUAAAUCUCAUGAUAGAGAAACAAAGCUUUUAGACUGCUUGGUCUGUACCAAUUCUUACCUCCACCUGCCAACUGUAGAGCCUGCUACAGAUGCAGGGUGCCAGCAGGUAGUGACCAGCUGGUAUACCUUCUGGUCCUGUACAGGUACCUGGAUGCUUUAUUGCUGUAGUCCUUGAUGUGAAAGAAGGGGGACAUUGCCUCUUCAGCCUUCUCUCUAGCCAUUUUAUGUGACAGCAGAAGGCACCCAUCUUUUUUUCCCUUAGUACAUGUUUGUAGUACACAAGGCUUCAUUGUGGGAAAUAAAGUACAUGUACAUAAUAUAUUUUAAUUCUUUUUAUUCCCCUUCCCCUCCCUCCUUUCCCCUUCUUCCGUCUCAAGGUCCCCUUCCCACUUACCAAAGAUCUACCUUCCUAUUCUCUAUCAUCUUUUUCUUUCCUCUUUAAAUAUUUAUACUUUGGGUUUUUUCAUGUAAGAGAAAGUAUGCAAUAUUGAAGUUUAUGUAUGGGAUUAUUUCACUU